CUAUUUACAGCAACUAUCAACCUAAAUUCACAUUCAUUAUUCACCAUGGCCAACACAAUCCUAAAGCUCACAACAUUUCUCCUUCUGCUAAUUUUUGCAACCCUGCACGAUUCUCAGUUUGCUUCUGCAAGCGGUGUAGAUGAUAAAAAUGAUCACGAGAGAAACGAAGAGGAGGAAGAAGACUAUGUUCUUGACAGGCCAAUAAGCCAUCUGGGACCAAGAAGCAGAUUCUUGGCGACCGUAAUAAAGAAAGGAAGACAGUGUAAUGUUGAGACUAAUAACAUCUGCAAUGGGGUUCGAGCAAACAAGGGGAGGGACCUACUUUACUGCUGCAAGAAACAUUGUCGCAAUGUUCUUAGUGACAAGAACAACUGCAAGGUGUGUGGCAACAAGUGCAAGCAGGGAGAAAGAUGCUGCGAUGGAGUUUGUACCAAUGUUUUGUCCAAUGCUAGUCACUGUGGCAAGUGCAAGAAGAAGUGUUCGUCUGGUGAUUCAUGUGGGAGUGGAGUUUGUGGGUAUGCUUGAAACCAAGUUAUUCAAAAAUGUUAUGGAUCUUUUGAUCCAUCGUAUACUAUACAGCAGAUUCAUAUAUAAAAAGAUGACAAGUGCCAACAACACUUUGUUAUUGGUUAAAACCAUGAAGAACUCACCAAAAUUUGUGACUUUUAAUUAGUUUCAAUCAAUGGGAGUGUCUUUCUAGCAUUUGAAAUCCCAUUGUGGUUUUGUUUUUUUUUUAAUCACAUUUUUAGAUAAAACAUUGCAUUGAAUGUUCUAAUAAUAUUGUU